AUGGAUCUGGACCUCGCGGAGGAUGACGCUGCGAGAGACAGAAACGGGUACAAUGCUGGGACCUGCACGACGAGUGAAGGCAGGCCACCCAAUUAUCUAAAUAAUUUUUUUCGGAACGGAAUUGUGAAUUAUUCUAAUGCAAUAAAUCUGGAAUGGGCGUGGCCGAAUCAUGUUUGUGCCACGCCUCUUCUUCUCCCAGCUUUCUCUUCCGAGGAGAUUUUCUGCGACGAUCACUGACAUCCGCUGCGCAUUGCUAUUGUCAUGGUUGUGAUGGAAUUCACAGGAAUAGAAGUUUACCAAAAGGCUAUGCGUAAGUUAGAUAAAUUAGUGUUUCAUGCUAUGCGAGGAUUCAAGAUUAUGAUUUCCGUAUCUACAACUCAAGUCAUUAUCGAAGUAGUUGCGGACAACAAG